AUGUCACCUUCACCUCCCCCUCCAUCCCCACCACCACCCUCGCCUCCUCCUCCAUCCCCCCCACAACCACCACCCUCACCUCCCCCUCCACCCCCGCCCUCGCCUCCACCUCCAUCCCCACCACCACCACCACCACCCUCGCCACCCCCUCCGUCCCCACCACCACCACCUCCGCCCUCUCCCUCAGCCCCUCCACCAUCCCCAUCGCCCCCUCCACCAACACCUCCAAUAAAUAUAUGCAAAGCAGGGGAGGCUUUUAUACCAACCCCCAUAACCAGUUGUAGCCUUUGUACACGUGAUUAUUGUACAAGUCAAUGUUCUGCAAGAGGAGCUUUAUUAGCGAGAAUGGGGUGCGUUCCUUCUCUAUUAUUGUGCAGGUGUUGUUGUAAAAGCCUUACAUUGCCAUCAUCAACUACUGCUCUUGGUUCCUGGUCGACGCAAUGA